UUACGGUUAUCGGUGUGGACUUUCUAUAUUGACCCAUUGCGUUCUGCUCUGAUGCCGCCUAAGCACUGCACAGAUAAGACACACUUCUUUUGAACUUCUUCAGAACCUAUAUGUAUUCUGGUUUAAAUAGCGCCGAUGUGGUCAGCAGCAGUUGCAGUCUCAUUGCAAUUAUGAAGUACGAGUAUUUGUUGCCUACAGCAAUUGGAUUGCUGUUGUGCCUCUCCAGUGUGCACGCCAAGCCAGAGAUGUGCAAUGAGCAGCACUCGAUGUCGGGCAUGGCACAGGAUGGUGCAGCCUGCAUGGCCUACAUGCCCAGCUGGACCUACGAUGCCGCCAAGAAUGCCUGCGUCGAAUUUGUAUUUGGUGGCUGCGGUGGCAAUAAAAAUCAAUUUGGCAGCCAAGGUGAAUGCGAGACGGCCUGCAAGGACUAAGUUGGAAGCACACCGUCAAAACCAGUCUCAAGUGCUGGUAAAACCCAGCGCAAAGCCGAAUAAACAAUAACAAAGAAAAGAAGAAAAUAUAUAAUUAUAAAAAAAACG